CUCUUUUUUUCUGCUUAAAUAUAAAAAUAAUGAAUUAUACAAGAAAAUGUAGCAUUUUAAAUAAAGAGCUUCAUAUAAACACCGAUCCACUUGGGAUCUACUUUAAACAGACACAUCCUUAUCCUUCUCCAUCUACUUCCACUUCACCUAUUAAAAAAAAUGAUUGUUGGCGUAGUAAAUGUCAAUUGACAAGAAAUAAUAAUUCUGCUUCACCUAAAAUAACGAGUAAAUCAUGGGAAAACAUGAAAAGCCCAGCAGCUUCUUUCCUGGCCAGUUUUGCUUGCUCACCCAUUGAAAAAGACGGCGACGAACAAGAAGGUGAUGAAAUCGACGAUUAUGUGAUUGAUAAAAUCAUUGGCUAUGGUGGAUUUUCCAUUGUCAGAAAAGGGUUUCGCAUUUCAGAUGGUAAAAAGGUUGCCAUCAAGGUUCAUAAAAGAGACGACGACAACGAAGACGAACGAUUGGAAAGAGAAAUCAACAUUUGGAAAUCACUCGAUCACGAACAUAUUGUUCGUCUAGAAAAAGUACUCGAAACGGACAAUGCUGCCUUUAUCAUUUGCGAUUAUUGUGAAAAUGGUAAUUUGCUCGAUCAUGUCAAGAACCCUUUGAGCGAACAAGAAGCCAAAACAAUCUUUCGUCAACUAUGUGAAGCAGUUCGCUACUUGCAUCAAGACGCAAGAAUAUGCCACAAGGAUCUAAAGUUGGAAAACAUUCUGUUGGAUGAAAACAACAAAGUCAAGCUAUGUGAUUUUGGUUUGGCCAUCUGUCAGCAGCCGAUGAUCGAAUUACCCAUGUCACCUCCGAUGAGCACUGCUGUUGGUGGCUCAUUAGCUUAUAUGGCUCCAGAACAGCUCAAAUCUUCCAAUGGGGUUAUUGGUUGUCCUUCCACAGACAUCUGGUCUUUAGGUAUUAUCCUCUAUGCUCUCGUCAUCGGUAAGCUCCCUUUCCAUGAUGAUUAUGACCUUCGCUUGCAACAAAAGAUCUUGAGUGGUCAAUAUGAAGUGCCUCGUCAUCUAUCUUCUGACUUACAAGAUUUACUCUCUCAUCUACUUGACCUUGACCCCCGUCAAAGGUAUACUAUUCAACAAGUUCUGGCCUCUCCUUGGUUGAAUUAAAACAACCCUUUUUCACAUUUGUAUAUAUCACAACACUUACUCUCGUACACACAACUCCUCUCACACCUUAUACCACUUAAUCAUUUUUUCUCUGUAGCUACUACAUAUAAACACAUACACACACACAUAAAUAAAAUAAAACACUAUUAUAUAAUAGUUUAC